CAGAGUUUGAACUGCUGCGGCGGAAAGCGGCCGAGCAGAUUUGUGGUUUCUCUCUUUUUGUUUUUUAACGCCCAGGACAGGCGCUGAAACCUGACGCUAACUGGGGGGAAAAGCGCUUGUGGCUGUGCGUAAAAUCAGUUUUGUCUCGAAAGUUUGAAAUAACUCUUGGAAGUUUGAAGAAGGUUGUUUUGGCAAUGGCCUGGACUUUUUUCUUUGCCGAGGUAACUCCUCUUUUCGCUCUGCCGGUUUAGUUUUGGAGUAGAAGCAGAGCUCGAACUCGGAAUAUGCAGCUUGUAGAAAGAAAGUCGGACUGAUCCCAGGUUGGAUUGCCCUGCUUUUGUUUUCUCUCUGGCCGGACUCGGGGAGGAGAUGCGCGCUCAGGAUGGGACUGUGCCUCGGUACCGAAGUUACAGAAGAGCAGAAGAAGGCGAGGAUACACAGCGCCAAGAUAGACAGAGAACUUUACGAAUCUGCCAAGCGGGAGAUGAACGUUGUUAAAAUACUCAUUCUUGGUGCAGCAGAGAGCGGCAAAAGCACUUUGGUGAAACAGAUGAAAAUCAUCCACAGUAAUGGCUUCACCAAGCAAGAGCUGUGCACCUUCAAGCCGGCAGUGCUCGAUAACCUCCUGACCUCCAUGAAGUUUGUCCUCCAUGGCAUGGGCACCCUCCGCAUCAACCUGGCUAACAGCAGAAACAAGGUUCACGCCCAUUCCGUGCUGUCGUGUGGGCGUUGUUUUGACGAAGACCAGGUGCUCUUUCCUUUCCUGAGCCAUGCCCUGUCCUGCCUGUGGGCCGACCAGGGAGUGAGGGCCGCGGCCGCCCGGGGAUACGAGUACGAGCUCAAUGACUCGGCGCUGUAUUUCUUUGAGAACAUGAGCCGCAUCAUGUCUCCUGAGUACGUGCCCACAGAGACAGACGUCCUUCGAGUACGACUGAGGACGACAGGCGUGAUAGAGACCCAGUUCAAAGUCAACCACCUUAUUUUCAGGAUGUACGAUGUUGGAGGUCAGAGAACGGAGCGGAGGAAGUGGAUUGGCUGUUUCGAGGACGUCCGGGCGGUGCUAUUCGUGGUAUCGCUCAGCGGAUACGACAUGACCCUGGUGGAAGAGCCUUCUGUGAAUCGUCUUCAAGAGAGCAUGAAGCUCUUCUCCUCCAUCUGCAAUAAUAUCUUCUUCCGCAGCACAUCCAUGAUUUUAUUCAUGAACAAGAUAGACCUUUUUCAAGACAAGAUCUUGCACUCUGGGCGACAUCUGCGGUUGUAUUUACCGCAAUUUAAAGGUGCAGACUGUGACGUGGAUUCGGCCGCCCGCUUCAUCGCCGCCACCUUCAUCUCACUAAACAAAACGCCCAGCAAACUCAUCUACCACCACUUCACUACGGCCACCGACACCUCCAACAUCCAGAUUGUCUUCCAGGUGGUUAUGGAGACAAUAAUCAAAGAGAACCUGGAGGCCGUGUCGCUCCUGUGACUGGCAGUGUGAGAACUUUGUCACAUUUUAAAUACUGAAAUAUGGAGAUCAUGUCACGCAAACAAGAUGCCUGAUCUCCCUAAUGUGAGGAGAACCCCGGGAGCUCUGCUGCUCCUCUUCGAUUUCAUGAUCACAUGUAGCUUCUAAAAACUGUUUGAAAGCAGAUUGAAGUGGAGGACCACUUGGUUCAUGCUUUGUUUGUGUUGGUUCCCGAAAUGUUGAGUUUUGAAACCUUUAAUUGAAAGUAAAGGGCAUUAAUGUUUUAUACUGUAGUUUUAUACUGAAGUCAAACUAUGAAAAGUGACGCUGAUUUUUAUUUUUGAAGACUGGAUAUAGAUACAUGUGGCAUUUAUUUGUGUCCUCCUCUGUGAAUGUGGGGCCAGCAUGGAGCGUGGGUGAGGGUUUGUUCAGUAACUUUGGUGGCGCAGUAUUCACUCACGCAUACCAUCAUGUGUUUCCCGCUCAUCCAUCACUUUGUCUCUGCUGUGCGUCAUGCCUGUUUUUUUUUUUUUUUUUUUAAUGAGGUGUUAAUCACCUUAAAAACACACCAGAGUGUGUUGACUUGACAUCCUGAGCUAAAAACGCCCACAUUUUUAUCCGUGCACAGCCCCUCUGUCUUCUGAUUCCUACCAGUCACACUGAUAUGGGGAAACUUAUUAGAAUUUAAAGUGAAAAGUCUGACUUGUGGUUAAUUUCCUUCCCAUCACCAAUGACAAUUAUCGUUCCACUAUUACACACAAACCCUGUUUUGUUGUGUUUUUCAGCCAGGAUGAAACCUCCUAUAUGUGAUUUGUUUGCAAUUAGCUGAGCUGGAGUUUGUUUCCAGGGCUCCCCUGUGCUACUGACUCCAGUAAUAAACAAGAUAUGGUAAUGACUGAUGCAGUGUGAUAUGGAUACUAAAAAAGAAAAAAAGUGAGAAAAACACCCCCAAGUGCCUGAUGAAGUUGUUUUGCUGUGCUGUAAUAUAAAUGCUUCAUACGCAUGUAUGAAAUGUGUUUUUCAUUCUUUGUUUCUUCUUUCUGAAUUAUUUUUCAUGUUUACAGUUCAUUAAGUGUUACGUCCUGAGACUUACUUUAUGGUUUGUACUGAAUCUAGAGUACAAAAUAAAUGUUAUGCUGCAAACUCAAAGGAAA